UAUCACAUCCGGCGGUGAUUGGGAGAUCCGUAGGGCGGCGCACAAUUGGCCCAGCGUCGACAAUGUUUGGUCGGGUAGGCCGUCAUAGUUAAGAACCUAUUCUUAUUUACAGACUUGCCUAGUUAAAUAAAGGUUACAUAAAAAAAUGUGUGUUCAGGAAUGUAUUUGUUCUCCAGUCCCUUUAACCUGACGCUAUUUUGAAUACAGUAGCGGCAGAUGUCGUCGCACAUAGGCUGGAUCACAUGGUACGCAUAGUGUGUGACGUAGUAGGUUAUUGGAUAGAAGAGGAAGAGAAGAUGUCUACUGCCAUCCUAAUAUAGCAGAAAAUAAAAACAUCGACCCAAUUCAUUCUACACUCAUCAUUUAGCGGUCUAGGCUACAACCACUGCAUGGUAUUGUUGCAUAACGGUCUCAAUGGCUGUGGCACAUGCGAAACAAACGGUCCUAAAUCCGGUGAUUCCAUUCACUGGGGCCAUACCUGGGGGACUACACCCCGGGGAGAUAGUCCUUAUCCAGGGCACUGUUCACAAUGAUGCUGACAGGUUCCAGAUGGACCUAUCCUGUGGGACCAGCACUAAACCUCGUGCGGACAUCGCUCUCCACUUCAACCCCCGUUUUAAGGGCUCCCCGUGCGUGGUGUGUAACUCCCUGGUGCAGGAGAGUUGGGGCUGGGAGGAGACCCUUCAGCAGCUGCCCUACAGACAGGGAGCAGCCUUCGAGACGAUCAUCCUGGUCCAUGAUGAUGUCUUUAAGGUGGCAGUAAAUGGUUCUCAUUUGUUAGAAUACAAGCACAGAAUCCCACUGGACAGGAUUGACACAUUUUCUAUAUCUGGGAAAGUCAAGGUGCGCGCCAUUGGCUUUAUACCAAACUCAGCAAUAUACUCAAUCUCAGGUGACCUGAGUCUCCCUUACAAAGGCAGUCUACUGAAAGGCGUGAGUCCAGGACAGCGCAUCACAAUCAAGGGACACGUCAGCAUGUACCCACACAGCUUCACUGUGAACCUCCGCAACAACGGCAGUGAGAACAUCGCUCUGCACCUGAACCCCCGGAUGAAGUCGGCCAUGUUCAUCAGGAACUCCUACCUGAGUGAGUCCUGGGGACCAGAGGAGAGGGAGCUUCCCAUCUUCCCCUUCUCGCCUGGGGAGUACUUUGAGAUGCUGAUCCUCUGCCAGCCCCACCAGUUCAAGCUGGCGGUGAAUGGCUCUCACCUGCUGGAAUACAGGCACCGGGUGCAGGACCUGAGCACCAUCAACCAGCUGGAGAUCAUGGGAGACCUGGAGCUAAUGGACAUCAAGCUGUGGUGACCCAUGAGGCAAGCUAGGCCACAAUGGGCUAAGCCCUAUUCUGGACAACAGGCCCGUUCACAACUCCCCCACCCUGAGCAGUGCUUGAGCCAGCCUGAUUAUGGGUUCCAAUGUCUGAGCCAUGAGGUUUACAGCUGAGGUAGCCUUGGAUCUGUUUGAGUGGGUCUACAGGAUUUGACCGUAAUACUUGUAUGCACCAUCUGGUGCAAGGGAGGCUGGAAUAAUGUGUAAUGACAGGAGUAUUAUAGAAACAGCCCCAUUUACACCUUGCGCUAACCUGUGGGUUUUGUGAUCUGAUCAAGGUUUGUUACGUCUAUACAUAGUAUUAAAAUGUAUCUUAUCCAUCCGCAUUGACUGGAUUUCCUAGUCCCUCCCUUACAUUUGAAAGAAUUAUUAAUGCCACCUGUCAAUAUGGCCUGAAAAGGUUGUCACAAGGUCAAACUCUUUCAUGUGAAAUGGCCAAAUCUAGUUGACUAAGCUCACCGACCAUAUGACCUAGGGCUGGGUUCAAUCCGUAUCACCUGAAAACCAGCAUUAUAGCUUGAUUGAAAUGUAAAGGCAACAUGCGGAGACUGCAUUGGAAAUUACCUUCGCAUUUUAACGCGGCUCUUCCGCGAUAGUGGUUAAACCCAGCCCCUAGUCUAGUGCACUUCAAUUCAAGCACAACUACAAUACAGGGUCAAACCAAUUGCACUGGGUGGUGAUGGUUCAAUGAAAACAAGGGCUGGAUUCAAUCCGUAUUGCAGAAAGAUCUGCGUUAAAAGGUAAAUUCCGAUUGAGCUGACAUAUGCAGCGUUUACCGUGAAUAUUGCCUUAAUGUCAAAUCGAGCUAUAACGUGGAUCGAAUGUAUGACUGCACGGCCACUAUUUUCAUGCUUGGCCAAAAGUCCAGCGCUAUAGCACGCUUAAAAUUGAAAGGUAAUUUCCAAUUGAGCAGACAUGCGUUUACCGUGAAUGUAGUUUACGCAAACGUGGGAACAUUGCAAGUUCUUUGUCACCCAUUUUCAGCCUUAUUUAUUUAAUCAAUUCUGUUGUCAUGUGAUGCCUACUGUUUCCUUCUGCUGUAACCUACAUAAUGAAGAAUCUACUGUAUGUAGUAAUGUCUUAUCAUUAGUCUGCGGUCAUUUUUAAAUGUUCUAAUCCAUCCAGCAGGUCCUCAAUUACCUGUGAUAUCUAUGCACAUUUAUCACCGCUACACAGGUGCAUUUCUCCUCUUCAACCAGCCAGAUGGGGCUAUAAGUUAAGCGGUACAAACAGCGGUCGACUGGCCCAUUUUUCUAAAUCAAAACAUGCAGCGGACAAGGCCCUACUAUAAAGAGGCCGAAGCCAGAAAUACCUUUCCCAUCCAAAAGACGGCACCCUACACAGGAAAAUGUCAUCAACGUUUGAAAUGAUUGUUUUUGUUAAGAAGCCUAAACAGAUAUAUUUAAGGUCAAUUUGCAGUCAAAUUAUAUUUGUAUUAUCUUCUGACCAUCCAAUCAAGGAGAAAUUGGUGUAAGAUGAUGGUUUCCUAUGGAGUUUGCUACAUAAAAAAAAGAGAAUCCAUGUGGCUUGAGGAAAUGAAAUUCCGUUUGAAGUAAGCCUAGCCCAUACAAGUCUUUUCUUGGCUGUCUCCUGGUGACAGAGGGCCCUUGUUUUCCACUCUCUCUCUGAUGCUGGAGGUCCCGAGGCCUUAGACCCCUGAUGAAUGGACCAUUACAGGAGCCUAGAGCAGGACUUAUCCUCAAUACAUCAUGUAGAAUGAUUUUAAAACUGUUGAAUUGUUUGUGUUAUUCUCAUUUAGCUACACUUAUCAAAGGCACUCGUCACAAGGCUACCAUUAAAUACCUACUGAAGGAUGUGUGACGUCAGAGGUGAUAACACAUGACUUUCAACAGGUCACCUUGAGGCUUGGCGUCAACAGAAUCUAGUUCCUUAAAAAUGUGAUUUUAUUAAUAUAUCCACAGGAAAAAGAACUUGAGGAAAACAAAUGACCUUGGUAUGGCACAAUACAGAAUCUUAACAUGUAACUUAAACAUGUAUGAAUUAAAUGAUAUACAUCAUGAUGACAUCAA